UCCCAACCUGCAGCCCCUUCUAGCCCAGCCCUGCCCCCUGCUGCUCUGCCUCCCCUCAGUCCCCCACCAUCCCCAUUCCCUGGCCAGCUUCCCGGGAUCCAUUAGCUGCAUCUUGUCUCAUGAAUUAUUGAUCUCAGAGUAGAACAUUUUCGGCCCUUCACCUCUCAGGUACAUGGUGUCCCCAGCUGGGCCUAGACUCCCGGACGCCUGGGUUCCUGCCAGGUUAACUCCACACGGUCUGGAAGGAGUGAUUACCCCACCCCCACCUCCCGGCUGGUGGACAGGGGGCUGGGGGGAAUGGGGAGCCCUGAGCAUUGGAAGGAAGGGAGAUUGCUUGGAGGGGAUGUGCCGUUUCUGAGCAUUACGGUAAUUGCCAAGGCAGAUUUUGCGUGCUCCUGGACCAGGAGGGAUGGAGGGAUAGUGAAAGAAGAAGAGCGAGGGAGGGAGGAGGGGCAUCUGCUGGAGGAAAGAAGGUGAAAGAGAAAGAGACGGAGAGAGAGCCCGGGUGAAGCCCCCUCAGAGCGACAGAACCAGACAGCGCCCAGCCGGAGCAAUAGAAAGACGGAUCGCAAGGAGAGAGAACGAACAGCAGAGAGAUCGAAGGAGGCAGUGACCGAGCGAGACAGAGCCUGGCCAGAGCAAGAGAACAAGAGAGGAUAGGAUAGGAGGAGAGAGAAGGAGACAGUGCAGGAGCGACAGAACGAAUCGGAGCCUGGACAGAGGGAGACACUCAGAAUCUCUGAAAGGGAAGAGUGACGGAGAGAGAGAACAAACCAGCAGCUGGCUGCAGUGAUAAAUUGAGACUCUCCAGAAAAAAGGAACAAGGCGGCAAGGACAGAGAGAGAGAAGGAGGCAGAGUCCAGACAGACGUAGUCUUGGAAACUCUGGAAGGGAGGAACCUGGAAGGGGGUGAGGAAGGAGUAGAAUAAGCCAGCGCCCUGCCAGAGUAAUAGAACGAAUCGCAGCCCAGAUGGAGAGAGAGAAGGAGAAUUUCUGAGAGGGAAGAACGUGAAGAUAGCGACAGAGCAACAGAACGAGGGUCCAGACAGAGAAAUAGACUUGGACCCUCUAGAAGAGAAGAACGUGGAAGGCAGCGAUGAAGUGGUAGAAUGAGUUGGCGACAUGAUGGAGCGAUAGAACGAGACACAGCCCAGAAAGAGCAAUAGGAGGAGGCCUGGACAGGGUGACAGGACACGAGCCUGGACGGAGGGACAGAAGGAUACAGCUCCCGGAUGUGGCAAUAGAAUGAGCUGGUUCCCAGACAGAGUGAUAGAACGAGCCGGCACCUUGACAGAGCGAUAGAACGAGCCGGCACCUUGACAGAGCGACAGAACGAGGCGGGGCCUGGACGGAGCGAUAGAACAAAGCAGGGCCCGGACGGAGCGAUAGAAGAACGUAGGGCCCGGGCGGAGUGAUAGAACGAGGCGGGGCCCGGACAGAGCGACAGAAGGAGCCGGUGCCCGGGCGGAGCAACAGAAGGAGCCGGUGCCCGGGCGGAGCGAUAGAACGAGCCGGGGCCUGGACAGAGGGAGCUGGCCCCACCCUGGGCCCCAUGGCACACGCUCCCCCGCCCCCCAGCGACAUCCCGCGCAACCUGAGCUACAUCGCGGGGCUGUACGAGCGGGCAUACUACCGCACGGUCCGGCCCAGCCUGGGCGACGACUCUGACUCGGAGGCCGAGGGGCGGGCUCGGGGGGCCCGGCCGCGGGGGCGCCAGAGCCGCACGGGCAGGAGGGGGGGGCACCGCCGUCGCAGGGCCCGCUCUGCCCCGGCCGGGGGCCCUGGUGGGGGAUCCCGCAGCCGCAGCCCCGGCUCCCGCAAGCGGGUGCGCUUCGCUGACGCCCUGGGGCUGGAGCUGGCCAGCGUGAGGCGCUACUGGCCAGCCGAGCUGCCCCAGGUCCCCGAGCGCGUGCACACCCAGCUCCGGCGUGACGCCCUGCGCCACUUCGCCCCCCUGCAGCCCUUCCAGGACUCCCAGGACCCGCUGGCUGGGCGCCUGCCGCUGACACCGUGUUUCUGGGACCCGCUGGGGCUGCCGGACUUCGGGGCACGGCUGGGGGUGCAAGGCGUGUGCCUGGAAGGGGUGCGGGCUGGGGGGCUGGGGGUGGCGGGGACCCUGCGGGUUCUCAACCUGGCUUAUGAGAAGCGGGUCAGCAUCCGCUACACCUGGGACGGCUGGGCCAGCUACCGGGAGGCCCCCGCCGCCUACGCCGGGCCCUCCGCCGGCCCCCCGCCCGGCCCCCCCUCUGACCGCUUCGCUUUCCGCCUGCCCCUGCCCCCUGGGGGCGCCCUGGAGUUCGCCCUGCGCUGCCACGUGGGGGGCCAGGAGCUGUGGGACAACAACGGGGGGCAGAACUACAUCCUGCGGGGUGGGGGACGGGCCGAGGGGCCCCCCAGCCCCCCACGCGACGGAGAGGGGGGCUGGAUCCAUUUCCUGUAGGGGGCUGCACAACUGGCUUCCCAGGGGACACAGACUUCAUGGGGGGCCCCACAACCAGCUCCUCCCAUCCCCCAGAUCCACAUCCUCUGGGGGAAGCCCGGGGGUGGGGGGGGCUGCAAUUCACCCCAAAGCAGGAAUAG